AUGGAUAUUUUACAAUUUCCUAUUAACAUGCUGAAUUAUUUCUACGAGAUAUCCGGUGUGGAAGUAGGUCAGCAUUUUUAUUGGCAAAUAGGGGGGUUUCAAGUUCAUGCACAGGUACUUAUAACUUCCUGGAUUGUAAUUGCUGUCUUAUUAGGUUCAGCUACUCUAGCUGUUCGAGACCCACAAAUCAUUCCGAACGGAGCACAAAAUUUUUUGGAAUAUGUUCUCGAAUUUGUUCGGGACUUGGCUAGAACUCAGAUUGGCGAAGAAGAAUAUGGUCCCUGGGUUCCUUUUAUAGGGACUAUGUUUCUAUUUAUUUUUGUUUCUAACUGGGCAGGUGCUCUUUUUCCUUGGGGAAUUAUUAAAUUACCUCAUGGGGAAUUAGCCGCACCUACAAAUGAUAUUAAUACCACAGUAGCUCUAGCUUUGCUCACAUCAGUAGCUUAUUUUUAUGCAGGUUUUACAAAGAGGGGUUUAGGCUAUUUUGGUAAAUAUAUUCAACCAACCCCAAUACUUUUACCAAUUAACAUAUUAGAAGAUUUUACAAAACCUCUAUCACUUAGUUUUCGACUUUUUGGAAAUAUAUUAGCUGACGAAUUAGUAGUUGCCGUUCUUGUUUCCUUAGUACCUAUAGUGGUACCUAUACCUGUAAUGUUCCUAGGAUUAUUUACAAGUGGUAUUCAAGCUCUAAUCUUUGCAACUCUAGCCGCAGCUUAUAUAGGCGAAUCCAUGGAGGGUCAUCAUUAAUUCAAUUAAUUGGACUCAGUCUUUUCUAACUUUUCAUUUCGAUUCUCCCUUGUAUAAUCAUAAAUGAAAAUACUUCAUCUCUAAGAUCUUAGUAGAAAAAUUAAGGAUCGCUAAUCCCGUCGAUAAAAUUCAUAGAUAGAAUAGAUCCUAUUUGUAGAUUCAUAUCUACAUAGUAAAAUGAAUAGGUUUACUAAUGGGAAUUAGUUUAGUAAACUGUGUACCCCGGUGUGGAACAAUGCAUUUUUCGAUUUCGAAGGGAUACAUACAUUUUAUGUACAUAGUUUGUAUUAUGUUAUAUAAUUAUAUAUAUACUAAUAUAUAUAUAUAAUUAUUUAGAAUUAACCAUAAAAAAUGGGCUAUUACGCAGAAUAUUUCAUUUUAUAAAUGAAAAAAAAAUCUGUCUCUAUUUCAUCUAAAAAAGAAUAUAAUGUCAGGGUAGAGAAUUGGUAAUAUCAUAAUUUUGAAUGCCAUUUCGUCGGAGUUUAGUUGUUUCAAAGAAAUUGUUCUCUAGUUGAACGUGAACAAUCAAAUCAAUAGAUAAAACUAUCAUAUUAUCCACACCUAAGAGGAGAUUACCAUGAAUCCUUUGAUUUCUGCUGCUUCCGUUAUUGCUGCUGGAUUAUCCGUAGGCCUUGCUUCUAUUGGACCUGGCAUUGGUCAAGGCACUGCUGCGGGACAAGCUGUUGAAGGUAUUGCGAGACAACCAGAGGCGGAGGGUAAAAUACGAGGCACCUUACUGCUAAGUUUAGCUUUUAUGGAAGCUUUAACUAUUUAUGGAUUAGUUGUAGCUCUGGCACUUUUAUUUGCUAAUCCAUUUGUUUGAUCUCGGAGACCAAAAUCCGUAUUCUUCGGGAUUUUAAAGACCCCCUCUAUCAAUUUUCUUGUUCAGCCAAUAGGGGGGGGGCUGAUCCAAAAUAGUGGACUUAUACUUCACUUGUUUCGGUCAGAAAGAUUUGCGACACUCGGAGAAGUAGAUAGAUAGAACAAAGUUUUUUUUUCAUAAUUGUAUCCUUAUUUAUCGUUAUGCGGGACCUGGGACUUACUAAGUACUCGAAAUCUGCUUAUCCGAAAUUCGAAUAAUAGUAGGAUCGAGUCGGAGAAAAAACUUUGUAAAAGUAUCCUUAUCUAUGAGGGGAGAGCGUAUGAAAAAUGUAACUGAUUCUUUCAUUUCCCUAUCCUCCGCUGAGGGUUUCGGGUUAAAUACCAAUAUUUUAGAAACAAAUAUAAUAAAUCUCAGUGUGGUGCUUGGUGUACUGAUCUAUUUCGGAAAGGGAGUGUGUGCGAGUUGUAUAUUUGAAUAAUCCAGCUGGAUCCAACCAACUGCACUUUGUAGAUAGAAAAGUGCAUGAUCUCAACGAAUUACUUCUAAAAGGGAAAAAAAUAUGGAAGAACUAUAGCAUUUCGUAAUUGAUUGGGAAAUUUUAUUACCAAUCCCAACCAACAAGAGAAAAUCUUUAGAAUGGUUAAAGCUAAACUGCUUGAAGUCCAAGCACAACUGGGUACUCUUUCCACCGCUGUGCUAAUAUGAGAAGGGUUCAAAGGCAUAGUUGGAGGUUGAUCCGAUAUAUAACAUUCAUAUCAAUGGAAUUAUUCAAUCUAUCUACUGAAAAAUAGUCCUAAUCUCCCGUCCAAUUUUUUGGGUUUAAAUGCGGAACCGACGACCUACACAAAAGCGAAUUUAUUCAAGAAAAAGUAAAUAGGAAAUAUGAAUGAAAAGAAAAAAAGAAGAAAAAGAAAAAAGAAGAAAAAGAAAAAACAACUUUGUUGAUAAUAAAAAAUCCCUUUUGGCAAAAGAGCCCUUCGUAGAUUUUGGUCUUUGAUAGAUUGAUUUUAUUUUUAUACAUAAUAUGAACGAAAAG